UUCUCUAUCGCAUUUCUCUAUUGUUUCGUGAAAACAUUCGAUUUCACAAUCCUAUCGAAUAGUGUUUGAGAUAGCGGAAGGAAGCUGCAAAGCUGGGGUGCUUCGGAUAGUAUAGAAAUCAAGCAUAUCAGCACGCAAAAACAUCAACAAUGGAUCAGGACCGUAUUCUAGCGACGUUCAAGAUAUUAAUAAUAGGCGAAAGUGGAGUAGGAAAAUCUAGUCUGAUGCUUCGAUUCACAGAGAACGACUUUGACAGCGAUCAAGCGCUUACGAUCGGUGUGGACUUUAAAACGAAAAUGCUCGAUAUCGACGGUGUGAAGGUGAAGCUCGCUAUAUGGGACACGGCCGGGCAGGAACGGUUUCGUACGCUUACGCCAAGCUACUAUAGGGAUGCCCAGGGAGCGAUCCUGGUGUAUGACGUCACAAAGAAAGACACAUUCCAGAAGCUAGAAUCGUGGUUAAACGAGCUGGAAAUUUACGGUACGCGCAACAACAUGGCCAAAAUGAUUGUGGGCAACAAGAUCGAUCAGCCGAACCGGGCGAUAAGCAGGGACGAAGGGUUUCGGUUUGCCAAAAAGCACCGCAUGAUGUUCAUCGAAACGUCGGCCAAAACGAGCGAAGGUGUAAAGGAUGCAUUUGAGGAAGUAGUGCGUAAGAUUAUGGAAACUGACGGGUUGUGGGAACGAAACGAUUACGGUGACGGCGGCGUUGAUCUACAUGGCAAUCGAAUACCGGCGGCGGGUUCCUGUUCCUGUUAGCUUCCAGCUGAAUCGUACGAGCUUACAUGCACCAGGCACAAAACGGGAUCACCUGCGGACAGAGAGAUUUAUCGCAUGCUUUGCUGCUCAUUAUCGUGCUCGUCCAUCCCGUUGUACCGUUCAUCAUGAUAUUCAAUCCAACGGUAUGGUAAAUAAGUUUUUGUUUUAAUUUUUUUUUUAAAUUCAGUUUUGUGUUUAGUUAAAAUUUUUUAACACUAUUUUAUGCACUGUGUAUGUGUGUGUGGUUACAUUAAGGUAUUCUAGGCGAAAAUAAAAUAAUAGGAAAG